CUUGCUUUUCAGGAGGGUGGUGGAGUUUACACUGUUCGUGACUUUAUGACUAAAAGGGAACAACUCCAUGUUGUGAAACCAUCCACUUCAGUAGAUGAAGCUCUUGAGAGGCUGGUGGAGCAUCGAAUAACUGGCUUUCCUGUUACCGAUGAUCACUGGAAUUUGGUUGGUGUGGUCUCAGAUUAUGAUCUGUUAGCACUGGACUUGAUAUCAGGAAAUGGACAGGCCGAAGCGGACAUAUUUCCUGAGGUGGACAGCACUUGGAAGACUUUCCAUCAGAUACAAAAGCUCUUAAGCAAAACCAAUGGGAAAGUAGUUAGUGAUGUUAUGACUUCUGCACCUCUUGUGGUGCGUGAAACUACUAACCUUGAAGAUGCUGCAAGGUUACUUCUUGUUACUAAAUACCGCAGGCUGCCAGUAGUCGACAGUUCGGGCAAAUUGGUUGGAAUCAUCACAAGAGGGAACGUCGUCAGAGCUGCUCUUGAGUUUAAGAAAAAUGUUGAAGGGAGUCUUUGAAGUGGAACUGUAGAUGAUCCUUUCCGAAGGUGGAACUUGAACAUAUUGCUAGUAGGCAAGCAUACUGAAAAAAUUGUUUACACAACAUGCUAGUUUAAUUGCAGUUGGGAUACAUGUAUUGUGAGCAUCAUGCAUCAUCCUUAAAUUUCAAAAUUUUGAAUUGAGGGAAUUUUCAAAGCCUCUGCUAAAUAAAGGGCAAAGAACCC